ACUCAACAAGUCAAGGACACUUGUUGAGAAGGAAAAGAAGACACAGAAAAUCACAAUUAAAGAAUGGAAAUAGUGAUAAAGCAUGAAGAGAACAAGAGGAAGAGCUGGAUGUCCAUGGCGGAAGAAGUGUUUAAAGUAGCUCCGGGUGCCAAGAGACGGCGAAGAGAGCCUCCUCCAGCUGAUAACAAAGGUCAAAAGCAACAGUUGCUGCCACAGCAACAAGUUGAACAAAAUUCUACUACCAACACUACUACAAAGAGAAGUUCAAGAUUUAGGGGUGUCAGCAGACAUAGAUGGACGGGUAGAUAUGAAGCACACUUAUGGGACAAGCUCUCUUGGAACAUGACCCAAAAGAAGAAAGGGAAGCAAGUUUACCUUGGGGCUUAUGAUGAAGAAGAAUCAGCAGCCAGAGCAUAUGAUCUAGCUGCACUGAAGUACUGGGGAACAUCAACUUUCACCAAUUUUCCUAUUUCAGAUUAUGAGAAACAGAUAGAGAUAAUGCAAACUAUGACAAAAGAGGAGUACUUGGCUACUCUAAGGAGAAAGAGUAGUGGCUUUUCAAGAGGUGCAUCAAAGUAUAGGGGUGUUGCAAGGCACCAUCACAAUGGUAGAUGGGAAGCAAGGAUUGGGAGGGUUUUUGGAAACAAAUAUCUCUACCUUGGCACCUAUAGGACCCAAGAGGAAGCUGCUCGUGCUUAUGACAUAGCGGCCAUCGAGUGCAGAGGGAUCAGUGCUGUGACCAAUUUCGACUUGAGUACUUACAUAAGAUGGUUAAAUCUUUCAGCAGGAAAUAUCUCAGAAACAAAACUAGAACCAACAGUAGUACAGGAGUCUCAGACAGUGGCAAACACAGAAGGGUACAAAUCCUUGGCCAUUAACAGCUCUACUUACAAUUCGGAGUAUCUGAAUUCCCCUCAAAAGCAUGAAGUGUUCGAGAACAAAACAUACCAAUUCUCCAGCCCUAACUCAUCUUCUCCAACUGCACUUGGGCUCCUUCUUCGCUCUACAGUAUUCAGAGAAUUGGUUGAAAAGAAUUUGAACAUAUCUGAGGAUGAAACUGAUGGGGAAGACACAAAAGAUCAACAGCCGCAUGCAGCUAGUGAUGAUGAGUUGGCUGGGAUCUUUCAUGAUGGAACUGGUCAUAUAUCACCUUUCUGUAAUCCCAACAGAGACAACUUAGAAAUGCAAGGAGACAUGCAGUCCAGUUUAUUAAAGAGAAGUGUCAGCCCUCAAAGUCAAGGUGCAAAAGUGCUAGAUAAUCCACACUACCAUUGCUGAAGGAAACAUGAAGAUAACUAAUUGUGCAUUCCUAUGAAACACUGAAUUUCUUGGGUGCGUAGAUCUGAAUUACUUCCAGUUUUGGACAUCAAAAUAAUGAUCCACUUAGUCGUUAAAUUUAUAUGCUUGACUACCCCGGAAUAUGUAUAUGGAAGCCAUAGUUA